AUGGGUGCAAGUGACUCCAAGCUCGUCUUUAAGAAGGGCAUCUUCCGGCUCUCGGAAGAACGACACAUUCCAGCAGAUGAUCCCUAUUGGACUUCGUUCUGGGAGCUUCCCGAAUCCACAGAGGACAUCUUCAGUCUCUUCUCGCCCGCCGACAUUCGAAGGACCCGCGACAAUGCACUCGAGAAUCUGGAAACUCUCAUAUUGGCCGUGACCUCACGCCUUUUCAUACUCCGACACCAUCCUUCCUUUCCCGACCCUGAACUGGCCCCGGCAAGAGACGCCCUCAACUGCGUCCGCAUGCUGACCCGCAUCCUCCCCUUCCUAUACGAGGCCGAGGUCGAGGCCGACCAACUGCAGUCAUGGGAAGAGAGAUUCUUCUGGGGCGCCCGCAAGAAGCGCACCCGCAAAGCCUCCAUUUCAUCCGAGGUCCUCUUUGACGGCGUCGAAGAAGAAGGCCAGCAGACGCAGCAGCAGCAGCAGCACAAGAGGAAAGAGGAGGGAGAAUUCGAGGACGCCAGGCCUCUGGGCGAGGAACUGGUCGACACGCUGGUCGACUUGCUCUUCUUCUCGGACCUGACCGUGCCCCUGCAGCCGCACGACAAGCCCAAGGUUUCGUACGCCAUUUGGAAGAGCGGCGUGGGCUGCAACACCGCCCUCCCCACGACCAAGGAGCACGAGAACAACCGCUGCGAAAUCCUGCGUUUGCUCCUCACCCUGGCGGGCCAGAGCAUGUACAUGUCUUCCGCCGUGCUUCCCCAGCGCGGCGUGAAGGCACUGACCCACCUCUGCUCGUGUCCGGACAAACAGGUCGUCCUGUCGGUGCUGUGCUCGCUCCUCAACACGACCGUCCGGUACAGCCCGACCUCCUGGAGGGUCCCUUACAACACGUUAGUCUUCAAGGAUGAGAAACAGAUCUUGGUGACUUAUGCCUUCCAGCUACUUCUCGUCCUCAUCCUAUAUCCCGUCCCGGACCAGAACGGAGUCGGGGCGCCAAAGAACUACUAUCGCCACUUUCUCGGGAGGCUUCAUCGGCCCCAAGACUUUCAGUUCAUCGUCGACGGCAUGACCCGGAUACUGCACCAGCCUCUUCAAGAGAAGACGUCCUAUCUCCCCACAACGCAGUCCUCGACCAAGUUUGCGCCCGAGAUGAUCAUGCUCUUCUGGGAAAUGACCCAGUGCAACAAGAGGUUUCGGUCUUUCAUCGUGGAUACGGAGCGGGCACUCGACUUUCUCGUUCUAGCCCUCUUCUACGCUCUCGAGUACAAGACGGACGCCUCGAAGCAAGGGGUGGUCCGCAUGUGCGCCUUUCUUUUGCAGACUCUGAGCGUCGAGAAGAAUUUUGGCCUGAAUCUGAACAAGCCUUUUAUUUCCCAGAACACCCUCCCCCUCGCGAUCCGUCUCCCCCACUUCAGAGGGUCUUAUGCCGACUUUCUCAUUCACUCCAUCUAUAACCUCAUAUCGACCAGCCAGGGGAAGCUUGCGGCCAUAUACCCUGCACUCCUAGCUGUCAUCAGUAACAUCGCUCCCUACCUCGAAGGACUGAGUCAACUCACGGCGGCCAAGUUGAUGCAGCUCUUCACGUCCAUGUCAUCGCCUUCGUUUCUGCUCGCGAAUGAGACCAAUCACGUCCUACUAAAGUCGCUGCUCGAAUCCAUCAACUCUAUCAUUGAGCACAAGCACAGACAAAACCCGGAGCUUAUAUAUGCCGUCGUUCGCAACAAGAAGAGGAUUGAGGCCCUUCGGUCCUUUACUCUUGAAUCGGGCCAAGAAGAAGUUGAACGACGGAACCGCCGACGGAAAGAAGCGGCGGCGAACGGCGAAAAUGCAGACCCGGACUCGGUGCGGAGUUCGGUAGAUAGUCUCCGCAGUCCCACCACGUCGUACUCACAUCAUCAUGCUUCGUCGGGACAUGAGUCGGAACAACAAGACGACACCUUUGCCAUUGGGGACGACGAAGAUGACAGCGACGACGACGACCACCACCACCACCAGCCCACUCCAGCCCAGUCAAGCACCAGCGAGACCAUGUCCAGGGCGUCAUCGCGAGGGUCCCACGCCGAAGACGCCCUCCCGACGCAAGUGCCCGGGAUGUCCGAGAAGGCGCGAGGCAAGAUGCCGGCCGGGGUCGGCACGUUCUCGAGGCAAAACAGCACGACCAGCCUCGGGGGCUAUGCGGGCAGCACCAGCCAGUCGCAGAGCGGGGCGUUCGAGCCGACGCCGCAGUGGAUCGAGAGCUGGCUGCCGGAGCUGCCGCUUCACACCAUCCUCACCGUGAUGCAGCAGGUCGCCGUGCUGCUGCCGCGGGAGCAGGCGGUGACGAACGACCCCGCCUCGGCCGAGACGCUCCGCAAGAUCCGGGAGAUCCAGCUGGUGGGCGUGGAGCCGGCGCCGAUCCGGGUGCAUUCGUUCGAGUGGUCCCCGCUGGCGCUGGGGUGGUACGAGUCGCUCGUGUGGAGCUUCGUGUUUAGCAGCGAGAUCCAGGUGGCCAAGGGGACGGUCGGGGUGUGGAACGGGACGGCCAUCAAGCUGUUCCGCGUGCAGGAGACGGCGCCGCAGGGGCCUUCGCUUACGUCGCCGCGCGGAGCGGUCGAUGCGGUGGGGAGCAAUAUCGUGUCGCGGAUAGGAGCCAUGAACAUCCGCGGGGCCGCACAGGGUGCGCAGAGUGCGGGCGGCGGCAGCAGCAGCAGCAGUAGCGCCGCACCGUUGAGCCCGCCGCCGAGAACUGAGUGGAAUUGA